UUUAUCUUCUUACUCAUACGGCCAUAAUAGGACUUGUUUUGGACAGGAGCAUUGAUCCUGCAGAGAGAAGAGGGUGUUCACCCUGUGAGACGAGCUGCUCUCCUCACACACUCAGAGGAAAAUGGCUGCUUGGCUGCUGUUUUUGGUCUGUGCCGGAGCUGUCCUGUACUCUGCCAAUGCCCAGGAUCUUUAUAAUCAGCUCCCUGACGACUAUAAGAAGGGAGUGGAUCUGGCGUUUGAGCAACUCAACUCUCAUGCUGGGGUGCAACACCAUUUUCGCUUCUUGAGAAGUCUGGAGAAGUCAGACAUUGAGUCCGGAUUCAGCGUGCGCUCCCUCUACCACCACUUUUACCUGAAACCCACCAGGUGUGCCAAAGGAACAACUGACUCCAACCCUCAGAGGUGCCCCUUCAGGAAUGACAGACCCCUGAUGGACUGCGCAGUUUGCUACAAAAUGGCCAACAACCAGAUAGAAUCGAGCCCCAAGCCGUACGUUCACUGUAUCCAGAAACCGAGACUCACAGAGGACAUGAAGACAACCAGGACAUUGCACUGCCAAAAAAUGAACUACAACAGUGGAGCUCCUACACUGCUGGCUGUGUCUACUGGCUAAAAAAAAAAAAACAAAUAGCCUGAAGUUAAUAGCAUAAGAAAAAUUCUUUAUAAUAGGCGAGUAGCCGAAUAAUCUGUAGUUAACCUGUUGCAUGCUUAUUUUACUGGUUAGGGAACUUCGACAGGCUAAUUUCCUGAAUAUUUCUCAUCCAGACAUCACUUGUAAUAUAAAAGACAACAAGUGUGUCAGCGAGUGUCUGUGUCUUAUAUUAAUGUUACAAUAAUGCUCUCAUGAAAUCACUGUACCUCCCUUUAAGAGAUUAGUUUCUUCUUUGCUUGUAAAGUCACCGUCUGCCAGAUGUAAAACGAUGUAAUAAAGAAGAAAAAAAUG